GCACCGCCUCGUAUCACGCCGCCGCCUGCUGUAACAUUUCAACGAAGAAGAAACGGCGGCGGCGGUGUGGUGGCAAGUAGCGACGAAGAAGAAGAAUGAGGAGAAUGCUAAACGGAAAAUAGAAGGGACGCUUUCUGUUUUAGUGAAUCUUAAACCAACGCUGUUACCUCUAAAUAUAUCAUUUGAAUCUAUCUGUAAUAUAUUAGCUAAGCUAUGACAGAGCCUCAGUCAGCGCUGUUACUCAGGAGACAGCUAGCAGAGCUGAACAAAAACCCAGUGGAGGGAUUCUCAGCCGGCCUCAUCGAGGACAGUGAUCUCUACAGAUGGGAAGUCCUUAUCAUCGGUCCUCCAGACACACUGUAUGAAGGUGGUGUGUUUAAAGCUCAUCUUACAUUUCCCAAAGACUACCCCCUCAGGCCACCUAAAAUGAAAUUUAUCACAGAUAUUUGGCAUCCUAAUGUUGAUAAGAAUGGAGAUGUAUGCAUUUCUAUUUUGCACGAGCCUGGAGAGGAUAAGUACGGCUAUGAGAAACCUGAGGAGCGCUGGCUGCCCAUCCACACAGUGGAGACCAUCAUGAUUAGUGUUAUCUCUAUGCUGGCAGACCCAAAUGGUGACUCACCAGCCAAUGUGGACGCUGCAAAAGAGUGGAGGGAAGACAGACACGGAGCAUUCAAAAGGAAAGUUGCUCGUUGUGUACGAAAAAGCCAAGAGACUGCGUUUGAGUGAUAUUUAUCAAGUCUUGCUUCAUUGAUGUUUUCAGGGUCUCCAGUUUGAAAAUCCAAGCGGCCCUGUUUCCUGCACUCUUCCACCCUGACGCCAGGCUCGCCCUCCUUCAUUUUGGCUGGAACAGACUGACUCCUGUAGGAUGCAAUAUAACAUGACAGUGACASAAACUCUCCAAGCAAAGUGCCAACUCACACAGACAAACCCCCCCAGAAGAUGUUAAAACAUUUUUUUUUUGAGUUUAUGAACUUCUUCAACAUUCAGGAUGAUAUUGUAAAGACAUGUAUAUAGCACAGACUUAACGGAUAAUAUAUUCGCUCCUUUUUCCAUCCAUCAAGACAUUUAGACCAAAUAUCUAGUUCUGGUUUGAAUAGAUUUGUUCCUUCUCUAAGCUGCAGGAAGCGUUAGCUCUUAGCUUUCACAGGAGGUCUUAAAGAGAACCACUCAGUGCUGUUGGAGGAAAUGUCACCUGUGAAGACUUCAGGACUUUGGUGACAUCCCUGAGGAACCCCAUCAGACGCUGUAACCCUCCCAGAGCCCUGAAUGAUUCUGUCUUUCAUCAGUUUGAAGUCUUACCAUCCUGCUCCGUUGACUUGAAUUAUACCCAUGGAUUAUUUUUUGCAUGCAGCAUUUUUUUUUCCCUUUUCCUUUGGUUUUUUCAAAAGUGCCUCCUAAUAAACUGCUUGGCCACUUCGUUCUGCAUUACCAGGUGUUUAAAAUGGUGAAAAACAUGGAGAAAUUGUAUGGUUUUAAAGUAUAUCCAGUAUGCAGGGGUUCAGUAUAUUUAGAGUAUUGGUAAGAGUUUUCUGUAGCAAUAAGCCUCCCCAGUGUUCAGCAUAAAUGCUAAGUUUUUAAUAUGAUACAAAAUUUGAGAUCCUCUGAAUUUUAGCAACUUUUCCCCUCGUUUCUUUUGUUUUAUGUAGGGAUUGUUAUGCAUGCUUUUUGUUUUGUUUUCAAAAGUUUGUCCGCAGUACGAGUGCUCAUUUUGUUUUUUCUUUUUGACAUUUUUUAUUCUCAGUCUCAUGAUCCUGCCCUUCAAUCUAAUGCAGUUUGGCCCGAUGUACAAAGAUCAAAUACUGAUGUAUAUUUUUCAUGUUUUCAAACCUGUCACCUGUAGUGCGUUCUUCUAAAACAUGACCUUUUUUUCAAUAUUUUAUGUGUUUUUAAUUCAGCAAACGAUGAACGCUGCAGAACUCUGACAAACUCACUUUACAGUAUUUCUGCAUUAAAUAUACCAAACGUC